AUGGAAAAGACGUGGUUGGACACAAAUUAUGACCUUAAGAGCAGUAUUUUGUAUAAAAGGACCAGCGACCGAUUGCUUUCGUCUUCCUCUGGCGACAUGACAAUGCAGCAUAUUUCUGACGCCAAAGAAUUCCUUGAUGAAUUUGAACAGAUGUAUCGAAGGCACAAGGAGGAGUUAGAACGCAUCAAGAGCGAACAUGCGAUCGAGGUAGGGUCAUGUUCUUACCCUGUUUUCGAAGAUGGGGGAUUUGGGACUUGCCUUGUUUUUCUUCCGUUUUCAGCCUUAACAUCAUCAAAUGGUAGAUGUUUGUUUUAAUAUCAGGACACACCUCUCCACAUAGGGGUUAUAUUUACCGAACAAAGAGCAAGCCUAAUAAAGGCCGCAGUUUCAUUUGAAGAUAUAUAAACCCUUCAGGAAAAACAGUUUCUUUUGUUCUUUUUUUUGUCUUCAAAAAGCAGAUAAACCCAAGUUCUCUUGAACUGAGAAAGUCUCCAGCUUGAUAACUGGGCGAUUUGAAAAUGGUCAGCAUUGUCAUGGAAGAGAUUAAGGUCGAUGAAAAGAUUUUUUGUGUUCCUUAAUUAGUUGUGAAUGCAAACAGGCCUAGAAAACUCACCCCAAUUUUCCAAUAGUAAAUGUAUUUAUUUAUUACUCCACCACAAGAUUACAAAUGGGAACAAUUAAGGAAUAAAGAAAAAAGGGCAAACAUAGUAGAAUUGGAAAAAUAAAAGAGACAACACAGUGAGCAAAUAAAAUACAACUAGUUAAAACACACACACAUGUAAACAAUUUAUUAAAUAUAAAUUAAAGUACGUACUACCGAAAACGGUGGACCGCGAAUUCAGAGAUAUGUGUGACAGAUGAUUUUGUCACCAAACGUUAAUAACGACUUGGGUCACGUGGCUUUGUUUGUCAAACCAAAAAGGUGAACUCAUGUGGUCACAUUCCUGAGCAUUUCGUAGACCAAGUCGAACAAUGGGGUUGUCUGCCAUCCAAAAACGAAAGUCAUGAUCAAUUGAUGAAAGUUCUUUUGGUUGUAAGCCUUCUAGCGCUUUAUAGCGCUAAUGCGCAAACACCAAAGCCACCAACGAGAAAAAAGGUGAGUACGUGAGAUCAACUUUUCGAUUUGACAAACAAAGCCACAUAACUCAAGUAGUUAACGCCUGGCACCGAAGCCAACUGUCACCCGUAUCUUUGAAUUCGCAGUGUACCUGUUUCGGUAGUAUGAGCAAGGGAAGCAACUAGAUCAGUCUGGCAUUUUAAUGUCGUGAUAGAUAUUCGCCAAUUGUAUUUGUCAAUCUGUCCACAAAGGUUCAGCAGCUAAGAGUGGAAAUUGAAACCUUGAAGGGCCAGAAGCAACGUGUCGAGGAACAGCUUGAGGAGACAAAGAUCGACAAGAAUCGACUCAACGAAGAUCUUGAGAUCAUAAAAAAACAGCUUUUUAUGCGCGAGUCUGAAUUGUCAUCCCUUCAACGUGAGUUGUCCUCAAAAAAUAGCACCAUACAAUCUCUGAAGGCCGACAAGGUGUCACUGCAGAAUGAACUGGACACAUUUAAGUCCGAAAUGGUUAUCAGCCAGUCGACUGCUAUAGUGCAGGAAUCGUUUGAAAACGAAGGUGAGCUUUUCAGCACCCAUGAAUCAGAGUACGAAGUGGCGAUAAAAACCGUCGUAGACGAAAAGGAAGGAUUACAAGCUGAGAUUCACAACUUGCAGACGAGGCUAUCCCAAAUGCAGACCGAUUACGACCGCGCUAUACGAGAUUUGAAUGCCACGAAGAGAGAGUGUGACCUUAGAGUAAGGAAAACUGAAGUCUCACUUGAAAAUUCCCAUAAGAAGAUCGAGCAACUUAAGCAAAGUCUGGAGAAGUUGAAUGACGAUCUCAAGAGGAACAAAGAAGCGUUUUCGAACGCUCAAACUGAGAUAGUGUACAACAAGCGUGAGGCCAACAAACUGCGCCAUGAAACAGAAGGAAAAAACAGGCAGAUUCUCAGUUUGGAGGAGAAGAACGGCUCUUUGGAAGGACAGCUCGAUCAGGUUAAGCAUGAGCUAUGGCAAAGUGGAACGCGUGUCGAAAGGGAGACGAAACGCAUUGUAGAUCUAGAAAACGAACUUCGUUCGUCCGAACGGAAAAUCGCUGAACAGAUAGCUCUGAUCGACAGCCUUCGAGAAACUAAUGGUGAUCUCCAACGUGAGCUUCUAACAGCCAAAAGUAAGGUGUCCACACAUGAAAACCAGAGUUCGAAGAUGACUAAGCGAAUAAGAGACCUGGAAAACGAACUGACCAGUUGUCGCACACGUAUAUAUGACAUAGAGAAUGAGUUCGAGAGUAUCAACAAUCAGUACACUCAGCUCCGGUCAACCCAUGAUUCCAACAUGAGUGAAGUUGAUGGGUUGCGGUCUAAAAUUGAAGGUCAUCAAAACAAGUCCAGCGAGUGGGAAUCCCGUCAUGCCAUCACCACCAAAGAGAGAGACGACCUGAAGCUACGUGUCGAGCCCCUGGAGAAAAAGUUGGCAGAACUGCAGUUGACCAUGGAAAUGACGCAAAGUGCACGUGACGAAUUUGAGCUGGAAUUAAAUGCACAGAAAGCAAAGAGUUCUAAUCUGGAAGCUCAGCUUGGUGUCGCCAACGAUGGUAAAGCGCAGCUGAGGGGAGAAUUAAACGCUGAAAAGGAAAAGAACUCUCAGAUGAGGAAAGAAAUUUUCUCGCUGCAGUCAAGGAUCACGGAAGCAAACCGAAAUCUUGAAAGGAUAAAAAAUGACAGCGUAAAAAAGCAAAAUGAUAUCAAUGACCUGAGAGAUUCUAUUCGUCGUCUUGAAGGAAAUAUCUAUGAGAAAGAACAGGAGUUGGAGCAACACAAUAUUCAGAUCAACAUGCUUGAGGAUGAAAAGAAUGAGCUAAAGGACGAAGUUGCUGAUGGAAACAAAAAAGUGGCGGACCUGGAGGAGGAUCUUAGGCAAGUGCAGGACGAGAAAGAGACCGCUGAACGUGAUCUGAUAGACGCUCGAAGUGAGAAAUAUGAGCUGGAAAACGCCUUGGAAAACGCCCAAAAAGAAAAGAGAGACAUGGAAGGAGAAGUCCUGAGCUUGAAACAAAGUCUCGCUCGUGUGGAGGGUGAACUUCGUGAGGCGUUGAAAGAGAAAGAAAUACUUGAGGAAGAUGCUAAGGAACAUAGUGAUGUUGUUAGCAGGUUUAACGCCGAGAAGGAACAGCUCAAAGGACAAAUUGCUGAACUACAACGUCUGAUUGAUAGUUACCGCAGAGACGUAGACAGCAAAGAUGCUACAAUGGCAGCGCUUAGAUCUGAGUUAAGCGAUCUCGAGAAUGAAACCGAUGAUAUAAAGACAGAGCUUUCCAAAACUAAAGCAAAGUUAGCAGCUGAAGAAGAGGAGGGAAGGAAGCUAAAAACUGAGCUAAACUCCAAGACCGAGGAGAUUAAUCGAUUAUCUGUAGAACUCGACAAUAAUGUAAGACGAAUCGAUGAGCUGAAAAGUGAGAACUCUGUCAUUGUUGAAAAAGUCAAUGUGGUUGAAAGCAGUUACCAUACUUCAAUAAAUUUGGCUGACGAAAAGGACAAUCAACUGAGUGAGGAGAAAGAAAAGAAUUCCCAACUCGAGAAGGAGAUCAGAAACCUUAAAAUGAAGAUCAGAACACUCGAAGACAAAGACCUAUCGAAAGAAAUUGAUGAGCUAAAGGCGAAAGUGGACAUGGCAAACGAAGAGAAAGAAAGCUUGGACGAACUUCUUCAACAGCUUGAGAAGGAGAAAGCUAAUCUCGACCGCGACAUUUUAGAUGCCAAAAGUGACCUCAUGCAGAAGGAGAACGAUUUAGAAGCUGCCGAAGAAGACAAAGAAAAAGCAGAAGAUGAAUUGUACAUUGCGAAAGAAAAGAUAGAGAAACUGGAAAGCCAACUGGCGGUCGCACGUAAGCAAAACGUGCAGCUCAGGGAUAACUUGCAAGAUUCCAACAGCAAGAAUGUGAGUGCAAAGGCUGCAAAUCUAGAUCUCCGGGCAAAGGUAAACCAGCAGGAGAAAAUGAACGAAGUAUUGAAAACAGUGAAUACAAAAAAGGAAAAGGUGAUUGAAGAGCUGAAUGACAAAAUCAAGAAAAUACAAAACGAACUGGCUGAUGUUAAGAGGGACGUCAUCGCUGGAAAUAUAACUCUGGAGGGUGUGAAGUCGGAAAAGGCGAAAUUAGAGCGAAAGCUCGCAGAAAGAGAAAAAAGUUUCGGUCUACUCGAGAACGAGAUAAAAGAUCUGAAAUCUCAGAGAAACUCUUUAGAGACUGAUCUAAGUAACAAAACGCACAAGUUGGCUAUAGUUGAAUCCGAGGUUAACAGAUUUAAAAAGGAACGAGAAAACUUGAAAGAGCAGCUCAAAAACCUGAACGAGCGAUUAAAGAAGGUCAAGGAUGAAAACCUGUCAUUGCAGACUGACUUACGGCACCUGGAGAAAGAUCUUGAAGCGCGGGUCAAAGAUAUUCAGAGUAAGAACUCGGUCAUAGAACGACUCAAAAUCACGAAGGUCGCUGCUGAAGAGGAGGCCCAGAGCUUGAAGAAAGAAUUGUUGACCUCCCAAAAUGCUCAUGAAUCUGCCCAGAAAAAAGUCAAAUCAUUGGAAAACAGCCUCAAGCAAACCAAUGUAACUAUGACAAAGCUGGAACUAAACAUUCAAAAUUUGAAUAAGGAACGAGAGGAGGGAGACUGGGGGAGUGCAAGCCAUGAUAGCAAAUACAUUGAAAUAGAGACCCUCUACAAGGCCAGUCAGGACCGCGAAAGCAGCUAUAAACAGGAAGUGCAAACGCUAAAAUCUCGAUUGGAGAAGCUGGAGGCAGACUAUCGCAAAUUCCAACAAGAGAACGUUGAUCUUCGAGUGAAAAGCAAUGGAUUGAAUAGUAAGAUACGAGAGUUGCAGUCAGCUUGCGAUCGCAGUGAAAAGGAGAAACAAACUUUCAGAAACUCCCUGGAAUCUGUUAACAACAAGUUAGCGGACCUUGAAGUAGCUUGGGACAAUGAAGUCAAAGAGAAAGAAUCGUUAAAAAAAGAAGUGGAAGAUGUUUUACAGAUACUGGAGAAGGUAAGGAAGCAGAAUAUGGAACUAGAACAAACCAUUGUGGAAACCAAAAUACAACUCGAAGAGGCUCAGAAGGAAGUGACAGAAAAAGACAACGAGAUCAAAACCUUAAAAGUCAGCAACGAAUUCUUCGAAGACCAACUCGAUGCUGCUAAGCGUCGAUUAGAAGACAGGGAAGAGGAAAAUGAAAACCUUAAAGCGGAAGAUGUACGUAAACAGAAUGAAAUCCUAGAACUGCAUAACAAGAUCAACGAACUUGAGACAGAUGCGGUCAAAAUGCUGGGCGAAAGAGACAGAGCGGUUGAGGAGAGCAAAAUCAACGAGGAGAAAAUCAACAACCUGGAUGAUCAGGUCAAUGAUCUGAUGAACGAGAAAAAUUCUCUGUACGAAAAGAUAGAAGAACUGAAAAUGGAAAUAAAUAGCCUUCGCGAAGAAAAGAUGGACGUUGACAAGCAGCUAACCGAACUGGAAGGAAAUGUCACCUUUUUGAAAAGGGAGAUUGAGAACCGAGAGGAAAUUAUUACUGAGUUAAGAAACAAAAUAGACGACCAAGAUAAAGAGAACGAUGAACUGAGGAAGAACUUGCGAGUCUUGGAGAGCGAUCAUGAAUCUACCUUUCAAAAGAUGCAGGAACUGGAAAAAUCCUACCAGUCAACAAACGAGAAAAUCAUUCUGAUUGAAAGUAAGAGCGAAAGUAGCCUUGACAGGGUUAAGCGUCUGGACGAGGAGAAUAAAUCAUUAAAACAGAAGAUUGCUGAACUCAACAUCCACAUAAAGAUAAAUGAAGAGAAAUGCCAAGAGCAACAGGACCAACUGUUUCAAGCCAAAGAGCGCAUUGCCCACUUGGAGUCCUCACAACAAAUAGAAGCUUCGAUCGUUGUGGAAACGGAAAGCCGACUGGAAUCUACAGAAGAUGAAACUGAAGUUGACCUUCUCAAAAAAGAUCUGGAAGAUCUCAGAGCCAGAAUUUCACAGCUCGAGAGGCAGUUACGAUACGCGGUCAAUUCAAAAGAGCAGCUGCAAACUCAAGUAAAUCACCUGGAUAAAAAGUUGAAGGGAAAAGACGAGGUUAUUUUGGAACUGGAAAAACGCGCUCAAGAGCUUACUAUUCGUCUUCAGAAAGCGGAAGAACAGGCUGAUGCCUUAGGAGUUGUUGCCUCUUUACGCGCCCAGAAAGACUCCUUGGAACGCGAUAACCAGAUGCUGCGGAGGGAGUCAGAGGAAACCAGAGCUGCCUUGGUUGAAGCACAGAAGCGUCGUUCAGACGUCGAGAACCAGCUUUUCCAGGUGAAGAGAAAACUGAACGAAAGUGAGCUCAAACUAAAUUUGUCAAAGACACACGUCGAGAACCUCCAUCAAGAGCUGCUCAAAGCGCAAGAAAAGAAUCAUGCUUUAGAUAAUGAACGAAAUCGAGCUUUGCAAGGACAAGCUAAAAUUAAUGGAGAGUUAGUUGAAGUACAAGAUCGUUUGCACAGGACGCGACGUGAGCUUGAUUCCACCAAAAUGGAAGUACGCGACCUUAAUGGGGACAUCUAUACACUAAAGCGAGAAUUAGAAGAGAGUCAGAAUAGAAUUAACUUGCACGAGAACAACGAACUUCGGUUCAAGGAGGAGAUCAGCUCGCUGAAGAACAAGUUGUACGAAAGUGAGGAAUCCAACGAAAAGCUAGAAGAAACGGUCAUCAACUUAAAUUCACAAAUUCAAGAAAGGGAGGCAAAGAUUUUAGACCUUGAGCAGAAUUCCACCCUACUUCGAGAGGAGCUAGGGAAUUUGCGCAAAGAAGUGGCCUCCCACAGUGCAAAUGCAUCUGAUUUCAAAAAGAAGUACUUGAAUGCUUUGAACGACAUUGAGAGAAUACAGAACGAGCUCAACAUGAAGAUACAUUCUAUGCGAAGCUUAGAUUUUCGUUCUAAGGCCUUGGAAGCGGCCAACAAGCGUAUUAGGGACGAAAUUAGUGUCUUUAAGAAGACCAUCUCCGACCAGAAAUCGCAGCUUGAGACCAUUCGACUGGAAAAACAGGAAAUUGUUGUGGAGACGAGACCUGAAGUUAUGACGGCUCCAGACGUAACAUUCUUCCCCGAUGAUCUUGUUUCCUCAAGUAAGUACAAUGAUCUGGAAUUCUCUUACAAGAAGAUUUUGAGAGAAAAAGAUGAAAGGGAUAAAGAUUUCGCGAUAUUGCAAAGCAGGUUAGGGAAGUUAGAGAUUGAACUUUCUGAUUUGGGUAGGGCCAAGAAUUUCUUAGAGGGUGAAUCCAUGUGGAAGACAAAGAGGAUUGAAACUCUGGAGAAAGAGCUCAAUGAUCUCCAAUCCAAGGACAUGGUUAAUUCUGAUGAAGUUAUCGGGUGGAAGCACAAAAUCACCCAGUUACAGCAAGACUUGGAUGUCGCUAAAAGCAAAAUCUUCCGUACAGAGGCCACGAACGAGACCUAUGUGGAAAAAGUAAAGGAAAUAAGCGAUGAUUUGAUCAAGGCAAGGCAGAGAGCGUCCCAGCUUGAAACUAAAGCAGAGGAGGACCAGGAGAAGAUCGAACAGCAGCGAAAGGAAAUGUUGGAGGCUUACAAAAAGACAGCAGACUUUGAGGCAGCCAUAAAAGUCUGCAACAACACUAAGAAUGAAUUGAACAUCGUGAUGCAGUCCCUGCGAAACAAGAUCCAGUCACUGGAAGAUGAGCUACAAAGGGAAGCCAAACAACAUGCUCAGGUCAGAGGAACCCUAAAUCAAGUGAAGCUAAAAAAUGAUGACUUGAAUCAAGAAAAUGUAAAGCUGCAGAAGAAAUUGCGAGAAUUACGACAGCAGUACGACUCUCAGGUAAGUCACAGUUGCAUUAUUUGACCUUCUCCAUUAACGGCGUGUUUAAGCAGAGAAUUGACCCCUUUGCCCCAGCGCACAGCGCUCACGCAUGCUCUGAUUGCGUCGCCUUUAUCCGCUUAAAAUGGAAGACGUCAGCCGCCUUAGUUAAAUUUUCCAGCUUAUGUGGUUUCUUUACAAGGAGGAGGAUUACAAAAAAAGAAAACGACCGCCUCUUAACAUAUAAGUAUGCAUUUUUUGAUUUUGAUAUAUUGGACCUGUCACAAAAUGAACAUUGGUGUACGGGAAAUUAAUAGAACGGCUGUCAGCCGCAAUACCGGUAGCCUGCGUAACAGGCACCUUGAAGUAAUGGGGGCAAGAGAGAACGGGGCGCGCGAGAAAGACAAACGAAGGGAUAGUGCGCGCUCUGUUCGUCCUCACAUAUUACCUCCAAACGCCUGCUACGCAGGAUACGAUACCUGUUAUAACUGUAACUUUAAUAAGCCGUGCCCUUCGUGCAUGACAUGGCUUUGCGUUGUGUGGGCAAUUAGGAUUAUCGGGAACAAUAAGCCCGAACUUGCUAAUGCAAUCCUUAAUCAACAGCUCUUAACCAAACUCUGUAUUUGACGGUCAGCGACUAACGUAUUACGCAUAAAGCCACUCGGGUCGGAGCCCAGGGGGUGAAGCUAUUUUGAGAUAAGCAAAGGAAUAUCAUAUUAUUUCCUAGGUACACGAUUGGUCAGAGCUGAAAUACGUCAUUGAUGGCCUAGAGAGAGAAAUCGCCGAGUUAACGGCUCAGUUAGAGAAAGUCAAGGGGGAGCUGGCCAACUACAGAAAUGAAUACAAUAACAUGGCCACAGAGAAAUACAACAUUCAAAAUGACUUAAACGAACUACAGCCGAAGGUGGAUGACCUUGAAAAUCGUCUUCAGGGAUCGCUGGAGGAGAGAAAUAGGCUUCAGGCGGAAUUAGAAAAAGUGAAGGAAGCUUUCGAAGAGCACCGACGUGAGUCCGAGGAAAUGAUCAAAGAGGUGACCGUUGAGGAUGGCAGUUUGGAAGCAGGUGUGGACAUGGGAAAUGAAAUAGAGGCUGGAAUAAACGAGCGCGAGGGCAUCGACAUAGAUAUUGCCUCCUGGCAGAGCAAGUACAACAUGUUACAGACCAAUUACGACAACUUAAACACUGACAAGAAGCGACUUGAGGAAAAACUGGAUAACAUGCAAAGCACGGUCAUUAAUUUAGAUUAUCAAAACCAGACCCUUAACUCUGACAAGAGCAAGCUUAAUUUUGAACUCGAAGCAGCCAAACGAAAGAUCAAUGACUUGUUGUCUGACCUGGAUGCGGAGAAAAACGAAAAGGAAUCCCUUAAAUUGGAGUACGAAUCAUUGGAGAGGAAAUGCUCGAAGAUCGAAGCCGAGUAUGAGAUCCACACAAGCACUCGCCAGGAAAAUGAAGAAACCGGAGCAUACAUCAAAUUGCAAGAAGCCUAUAAACGCAGCCAUGAACGAGAAAAUGAAUUGCAGGCGGAGCUGCUGAAUUGUUACAAGGUGAUCGGCGAGCUGAAACAUCAAACUCAAGAUGCCAACGAGACCAUUGAAAGGCUAACCAUCAACUACAACACUGAGACCGUCAGAAGCGCAACUCUGCGCGACGAAGUUGUUAGUUACCAGAGAAGACUUUCUGAACUGGAAGAGAGGUAUGAUAUCAGUCAGAAAGCCAAGGAAGAUAAAGAACAAGAACUUAAGUUACUGCAACAGAGAGUUGACGAACUUAGUCGAGAGAACAGAUCAAUUCAAGAAUCCAAAGCUCUGAUCAUGGCAGAAGUCACCAACCAGCGCAACAAGAUCACCCGCCUUGAGCAACAGCUUGAAGAUGCCGAGUUUGACAAAGAAAGUCUGAGGCUUUAUUUGUCUGCUUGGCAAAGCAAAAAGGAAGGCGAUUUGCAUGAGAUUAGCAGGCAGAUCUCAAGUCUGUCUGAACGAAGACAGAGCCAACGGCGUGAUAAAGAAGGCUUCAAUAAUCAAUUGAUAUCGAUGAGGCGAAGAAUGAAUAAGCUGCAACGUGAAAACGAAGCUCUACGAUCAGAGGGGUAUUAUGCGACCACUAAAAAAGAAACCGAUGACGGUGAUGCGGAACAAGAUAAAGGUGAAGAAGAUAGGAAAGAAAGAAGGAGGAGGAGGAGAGAAAGAAGGAGAGAAAGAAGAAGACGAAAAGCAGAAAUGGAGGGAAGGGAAGAUAUUAUAGAAGAUGGUGAAAACCUGCGCAACAGUUCUGAAUCCAGCGAUUCAGAUGACAAAAGUUCGAGUGAUGAAGAACAGUCCUGA